CAUAAAAAUUCGGAUCAGAGGGCAUAAAAAUAGAAAAGGCUAGAGUGAAGCACGCUAGCAGUACUUAUGAACGCUUCAGUACUUCUGAAGCUCAAGAGGGUUUCUGCUCUUAAUUCCAAAGGUAAUGAGGGUUCUAACUAUAGAGAUACCAAGGAGUAGAGCGAAGCCUUUAUGUAAGAAUCCUCGAGAAUGGCGGCUUUCAGUUAACGGAAGUUUCGGCUUAGUGUGUCACUUACUCUAGUCUUUUUCUGUCUAUAUCAGAAAGAGAUGUGCUCGCGAAAAGGGUCCGGUUUGCCGCUGUUUGAGAGGAAGAAAAAGAAACACAUCAUGUCAAAAAACCCCAAGGAGGCUUCGCUGGCCUUUGGUCAGGCGGUGAUUGGGCCUCCUGGCUCAGGGAAAACAACUUAUUGUCUUGGCAUGCAGGAAUUCCUUUCUGCAAUUGGGCGCAAAGUAGCUGUGGUGAAUCUAGACCCAGCCAACGAAGGGAUUCCCUACCAGUGUGCUGUCGAUAUCUCAGAACUGAUCACUCUGGCUGAUGUCAUGGAGAACUUGAAGCUAGGACCGAAUGGUGGUUUGAUCUAUUGCAUGGAGUAUCUGGAAGCCAACUGUGAUUGGCUGCAGGAGAAACUGGCCCAAUUCAAGGGGCAUUAUUUCUUGUUUGACUGUCCAGGACAAGUGGAACUUUGCACUCACCAUAGUUCACUGAGAAACAUUUUUGCCAAACUUGCCAAGUGGAAUUUCAGGCUGGCUGCUGUGCACUUAGUGGAUUCUCAUUACUGCACAGACCCUGGCAAGUUCAUCUCAGUCCUGUGCACCUCCCUCUCCACCAUGCUGCAUGUGGAGUUGCCGCACGUGAACAUCCUCUCCAAAAUGGACCUGAUCGAACAGUUCGGAAAAUUGGCCUUCAAUCUAGAUUAUUACACAGAGGUUUUGGAUCUGUCUUACCUGGUAGAUCACCUGGCUUCGGAUCCUUUCUUCAAAAACUAUCGUCGCCUGAACAAGAAGCUUGUGGAAGUGAUUGAAGACUACGGCUUGGUCUCCUUCAUUCCUCUCAACGUCCAGGACAAGGAGAGCAUGCAGCGGGUGAUGCAGGCCGUGGACAAAGCCAACGGCUACUCCUUUGGAGACGUGGAGCGCAGAAGCCUCGAAGCCCUGAUGUCUGCAGCCAUGGGAGCAGACUUCCACUUCGCAUCCACUCUUGCAGUCCAGGAAAAGUAUGUGCAGCCAGAGGAGAAAACUGUGGAGCAGGAAGCCAUGGACAUGUAACAUGCCUGGAGCUGUAGCAGAUCACCGAGGAAGCUCAUUGCUCUGUCCAAGAAUUGUCCGCCAUCAGGGACUGGACCUGGUACUCCAUGGGCAGAAGUCUGUCUAAACCAGGCCACCACACUGUUUGGAUGCAGCUCAUGCCUUUAGAUUCUUUCCAAAGGAGAGUUGCCAUUUUUGGCUUUUUGGGGGUGUUUUCUGAUGUAAUUAGGAGCUUUUGCAGCCCAGGGAAAGGUGAGCACGCAUGUUCCUCCAAGUAGCGUGGUAAAACCAUGCAGAGUUUGUAGCUGACCAAGGAAGGAACAGUUGGUAUUGAGGGGUCCAGAAGACAACAAGAGACAGCCAUCAUCAAGAUCAAAUGUCCAGUGAAAAUGAUGGCUAUUAUGGUGGAGGAAGCUGCCACUGGAGGCUUCUAGGGUGAUGGCUCUGUCAUUCUUUCACUGAGAAGUACAAAGGUGAAGGGUCCUCUUCCUGUCUGUCCUGUGUCCCAUGUAGCUUAAGAGCAUCAUCGUUGGUCUGGUUUUCUACAGACAACCACCACCCACCUCCUGCGGAGGAGACACCGAUACUGUUGAGGGAGAUACUGGUGGAACACGAUUGGGAGCAGAGAAGAACAACUUCCAAAGAGUCCUCACUGCAGAGGCUCUGGGCCUCCUAGGAAUGCAAGGCUUGUCCUUCACCUCCUAUUUAUGUGCAGAGCACAGUGGCCUUCUGUUGGGGAGAAGCCUGCUGAAUAAAAACAUGGCCUUGCUCCCUGCUCCAGACAA